ACAUACACAUGCAUACAAACACACCCGCACGAACCCGCACUGGCUGCGCAUAAGUUUUGCUUUCUUCACGCACUGAUGAAUUUGGAAAAAAGGCCUGCCAGACAAGAAGUGGUCAUUCUUUUACCGUGCCCGUCUUCUUGCUGUGAUUGUUUGCUGUUUUAGCUAACGCCGUCGUUCCUCGUUCGCCUUUUGUUCCGUUUUUGAAGGCUAGACGAGAGCGACAAACUCGUGCGACGUAAUUUUGCCGAACAGAUUAAAGCACAACAAAUUAUCACGAAACGGGAAAAGGUUGCAUUCAUGUUGGGAACGUUGGCGGUCCGCUGACCACCGACUCGGGGAGUUUUUAUAAAUGUUGACCCAGCGAGAGAAAACCGUCGUCUCAACUGCCGUCAUAGCAGCCGUUGGUGUCGGUGUACUGUUCGUACUAUCACGCUACCGUCGGGGCAUUAUGAGCCGGCUGAGGGCACUGAACCAACGGGAUCCGCUUCGCGACCAGCAGAUACACAUCAUCAACAACACCGAUGACUGUCGGCUGAUUGUGGAGAAGCUGCAAAGGCACUGUCAGGAGUACAAUGUACUUGGGUUCGAUUGUGAGUGGGUCAGCAACCAGGGAAAGCGACGGCCGGUCGCACUGCUGCAGCUUGCCUCGCACCGUGGCCUGUGCGCCUUGAUACGGCUGUGCAUGAUCAACAGGAUACCGCAGGAGCUAUACGAUCUUCUAAACGAUGACAAUAUUAUCAAGGUAGGAGUUUCGCCGUACGAAGACGCGCGCGUACUGAGGGACGAUUACCGGCUGAAGGUGGAAAGUACGCUCGAUUUACGAUUUAUGGCCGAACGAGCCGGGCUGGAACCGCUCGGCAUAGCGCGGCUCGCGAACGAGGUGCUAGGAAUAACCCUGGACAAACACUGGAAGGUGCGUUGCUCCGACUGGGAGACGCCGGAACUGUCCGAACGGCAGGCCAAAUACGCCGCCAGUGAUGCACACGUGGCGAUGGAGCUGUUUAAAAAGCUUUCGUACAAACUAGUCCCACACUACCCAUGGACAAGCCGCAAGGUGGUGCUUGAACAGGUUCUGGAGGAGAUGGACUGCUUCAUGGAUCAACCGCACAACAAUCGCAAAUCGAAGUCGGGCGGAAGCUCCAAGCCGAAGAAGUUGCUCACGCCUCAAAAUAACCAGAAGGCGAACAAACGUUACCAUUCGACGCGCACGAAGCCACUGUACCACAACUGCUUGAUGCAGGCACCGGACGGUGAGCUGCUCUGUACGUGCGAUCGUCGCAAGGCGGAAUGGUACGUCCAACGCGAGCUGGGCGAUCUGGUGUGCGAAAAUCCGUACACCGUCCGGUUGCGAUUCGAGCCGGCCGGUCGUGCUGUGGACGAGGCCGGUCAGUACUAUCUACAGGCGAAGGAAAACAUAUGCGUAGUGUGCGGGGCAAAGUCAAGCUUCAACCGGAAGAAUAUUGUCCCGCGUGACUAUCGUAAACAUUUCCCAGUAGUCAUGAAGGAGCACGUUUCGCACGAUGUGCUGCUGCUGUGCGCCGAUUGCCACCAGCGAAGCAGCAUGCAAGACGACCGAUUGCGCCAGGAGCUGGCUGAGCUGUGCAAUGCCCCUCUGGCGGGUCAGAAGAACGGCUCGAAAGAAAUUCGCAUUGAAUCGAUGGCGGAAAUCCGAAAGGCGGCACGUGCGUUGCUGAACAGUGCAGCAAAAAUUCCUCCAGAACGGAAGCAAGUGCUCGAGGAGAGGCUUCUCACUUUGCUGAACAGCUUGGGAAACGAGCCGGAAUCGGCUGGUUCGGCCGACUCAGCGACCGGACCGCAAAUUACGGAGCUUACACAAAGCUUGCUGGAAGAGUACAGUAACAUCGAUAUAUCGGUGCGCAACGAGCUGUACUGUGCGCACGGCGAGCGUGUGGUCGAUCACUUCAAGAAGGCCCCGGGAGGUUUGAUGCAGCUGGAGCGUAGAUGGAGGGAAAACUUUCUGCACACAAUGCGCCCGAAGCAUUUACCUCCGCUGUGGUCGGUGGAUCAUAACUACAAACGGUUGGAAAUCCGAGCCGUAGAAGGCAGGGUGAACGUUGAAGAUCUCGCAGUCGCUGGCAUCAGCCUAAACUCGACACCUUCCACAUCGGCCACGUACUCGAGCCGAUCGUACAGUUACUCCAACAGCUCACACACCAACGGCAGCCGUACGUCGUACAGUGGCGGUCCACCGGUCACAGAUAACCCAGCUACAUCGACCCGGUUCUACUCGAACGUACCGUCGCAGGCAAGCACUGUGAACGGGGACACCGAAACGAUGACGGGCGCCCACUCGCCCUUCACAACCACACAGUACAAAUCCGUUGUUCAGCCACGGUCGGCGAUGGGGGCGGCUGACGAGGACACUACGUCCGGUGGUACGACAGAGUUUAAAACGCUUCAAAACCUUCCAACAACGCUACCGUAUCACCAGGAAGCGGCCGGAGCGUUGCUGCAGGUGGACAGCGAACCGGCGACCGAGCGUGAUUUUGCCUCGCUGCAGCUGACUUACGAUAGUGACGAUUCCAACUCGACUCUUUCGCAACCAUCAUCCACCCUGCUCAACUCUAACGGGGUGUUUGAGGAGGAGGAGGAGGAGGAGGCGGAGGAAGCGGAUGAGCGGAGUUUGAGCGCGGUGGACAGCUUAGCCACCGACAGUUCCACCUCGUCCAAUGCGGUCAGAACAAAUCAUCAGGGUGAACAUCAAACCGAUGGUCGGGGACACCAGAUGGCUUGGUAGAUGCCAGGCCGCACACAAACACAGACAAGUGAGAAGCAAAAAACCGAUAGAGGCAAUACAUAUUAUAUAUUUUUCGAACCCGAAGCAAACAAGCAUCUUAGCAACCCGUUUCACACAAACUGUAACAUGAAAUUACGAAAACAUAUGAAUUAUAAUCAGCGUUG